GGAAGUAACUCUUUCACUUUCUGUUAUAGACAAAAUGGAGGAAUAAUGUAGGCACAUUAAAAUACUGCAGGCCUGACAAAACAAAGUCUCUUUUCGCAACUUAACUCAUUUUCACUCGCUGUUAGGAGCUUCGCUUGAGGUACGCAGAGUCGUCGAGUAUCGAGUCUCAAGCGCAGGCAGGUUUGCACAGGACAGGUAGUUGCUUUCCAUCCAUUCAAAAUGUCGGAGGAAUUGUUUCCAGAGCCAGAAUGGCUAUCUGAAGAAGUCAAAACCGGGACGACCAUCAUCGCGGUUACUUUUGACGGUGGAGUUGUUCUUGGCUCAGAUUCGCGUGUGUCUGCGGGGGAGUCAGUGGUGAAUCGUGUGAUGAACAAGCUCUCCCCUCUCCAUGACAAGAUCUACUGUGCUCUGUCUGGAUCAGCAGCGGAUGCUCAAACCAUUGCUGAGAUGGUCAACUACCAACUGGAUGUGCACAGUAUUGAGGUGGAAGCUGACCCACUCGUAUGCUCUGCUGCCACUCUGGUGAAGAACAUUUCAUACAAAUAUAAAGAGGAACUAUCAGCACAUCUUAUUGUUGCAGGGUGGGACAAAAAAAAAGGAGGACAGGUCUAUGCGACACUGAGUGGUUUGCUGACCAGGCAACCUUUUGCUAUUGGUGGCUCUGGGAGUUUUUACAUUAAUGGUUUUGUUGAUGCAGAAUUCCGAAAAAACAUGACAAAGAGAGAAUGUCAAGAGUUUGUAGUUAACGCUCUCACUCUGGCAAUGGGUCGGGAUGGCUCAAGUGGAGGCGUUGCAUAUGUUGUUACCAUUGAUAAAGAUGGAGCAGAAGAGAAGUGCAUUUUAGGAAAUGAACUGCCCAAAUUUUUUGAUGAGUGAAUUAAAGGACUUUGCUUUGAUAUUAAAAGAAGAUUUCCAUGUAUAUUUGUAACCUAUAGCAGGACAAAAUACUUUGAAAUUGCAGAAAUGUUUGAAUUGUUUUGUUGAUAUUAAACACUUGCAAAUACAUAAACAUAAAAACUCACUCCCUUAUGUGAACAGCGACUCUCAAAAUUUGAUAAUAAACCAUAUUAGA